UUCUGCCCUAACGUUUCAGUUGUGAUGUAAACCCAAGACACACAUAAAGUGAAGGGGUACUCUGAAAGUUAUGUAUGUAACUAAAUUCUGUAACGGCCCAACAGUUAAUUUAGGGGUUAAUUCAGAACAACAUGUAAAAUGUUCAUUACAGCAUUUUUAACCCAGUUUUACAAAAGUAAACAACCUUUAAUGAGCAACUACCGGAUUAUUUGUAUGUCAAUAAUUACCAUCAUCAUAGAGCCUAUAAAAUGCAGGGGUACAAAGAAAAGGUGUUGUGUAUAUUUAUUUACUGAUUUACUUACGUAUUCAUUUUAAACCCACAUUUGAUAUUUGAGGUAUUUGUAGGCAGUCAUUUUGUUAUUUCAGGUCUUUCAACUGACCAAUCUUUUAGACUGAUUAAUUUAUUACGUUUGCUGACGGCAUUUUACAAGAACUGGUUGCCUUAAAAUUCAUAAACAUCCUUUCCUGGGAUGCCUAUGUUGUAUGCUUUUAUUCAUUGAUCCAUGGUGUUUUGUGUUGGACGAUUCUCGGAGAUUUAUUUCCUGGAGGUGAAUGAUCACCUAUAAGUCAUAGCCACUGAUUUAUUUUUUAUGCUGAAGGCCUCGACGCUAGACAUGCUGACUGAUUUCACAAUGCUGGCAUUAAGGUGAUGCACCAUAAUUGUUGUUUAUAAUACCCGUCGGUUUAAUCACUUUCCCAUCUCUGUCAUUCAGAUACUCCAGGCAACGCUUCAACCUUCAUUCCAUCUGUCUGCUGAUAAACAUUUUGGAGAGUCACCAAACUGAUGCCUCGGGUAAACUGAUGAAAUACUCAAGCAAGGCAUGGACUAAUGCCUGUUUAUUGGUUAGAUAUUGAUUGUAAAUUUUUAUCUUAAUGUUAUGUGCUGUCUGAUGUUCAGAUAAUUUAUUUAGAGCCGUGCGACAAUGCUAAUAUAUCUCUAAACUAAUAUCCCUGACAGGGCCGUACCCAGGGUGUGAAAAUUACUGAGGUCUGGGCGGUGUGUGUGUGUGUGGGGGGGCGGGUUAAGAUUUUUCUAAAAACCCGCUGUUGCUAGUUGCAUAAAUGUAGGCUAUUUUACUUGAGAUCAACAUUAUUUGGGUGUGUAUAAGGUGUGUGAGCUAGGCCUACAUGCAGUUUCUUCAGUGAUUUUGACUGGUCUCUUUCUCUGUUCUAGUGGUUUCCUGUGGGGUUGAACAUUGUUAAAUUAGACCUUAUCAUCAAUAUUGUUUCUAGUGUAAUGUAGCGUAGGUGAAGAGAAUGGCUGUAGUUAUUAUUAAAAUACGGUCUCAGAGUACGAAGCAUGAUAAUUAAUGUUAGCUUACAUAUUUGUUAGCUGACUAGGCUAUAACAAUACGCUUGCUUGAGCCAAACGCUGUUGCGGGCUAACGUAACUAAAUAAAGCAGGGCCUACUUAGCCUACAUUUGAACAUUUGGUUUUGAAAUGUUUCAUACUGUAUACUUGUUUUUGAUACUGUCGAGUUUGUUUUGUGUGUGUGCUGUGUGAAACGUUAGCUAAUAUGAAUGACAUAUAGCCUACCCAUGCCCAUAUUUAACAUAUUCCAUGCUGUAGCCCGUACUCCGUUACUAUUACUGAGCGUUUCUCACAGAUCAUGUAUUUUCGAUCAAAUCAGCUUUUGUCUUGACGUAUGUGGUAUGGUGCCAGUUUACAAGCAAUCCACCUGCUGCCCACAUACCUCCAAAAUUUGAACUGCUGUCAGUUUAAGUUCCGACAAUACUAAGUAUUGAGAGGGAGGGGCGGCGCACCCGCGAGACUCUCUCAACUCUCACACGCAACAGACUCUAACAAGUAACAAGUUGUAAUUUACAAGCUGACAGUCGGAUGAGAAAUUCUCAACCGCACGAAUUUUAAUUCACCAAUUUUAUUUUGAAAUCUGAAAAAGAAAACCGAGGUCCGGACCUCGGUGACCUCAUAGCUGGUUACGGGCAUGACCCAAGGAUGUUGUCGAGGUCCGCUUCUCAUGUGGGACCCGUACUUAAAGGACACUUAGAGUAUAAAGAAGCUUUUACAUCUAAUGUGAGAAUAAACGCGAAUCACCCGGUGGCUAAAAUCAACGGGUGGUAAACCUAAAGUCGAUCUCCCCUUAGCGAAUUUGGGUGGCUUUAGAGGCUUCACACCUCCCGGGCAUUUAAAUGCGUAAGUUAUAGCACGAUGUUGACAAAAAAACAAAUCGAGUUUGACAACAACUUGCAUCUCAAUGGUGUCUGGGAAAGCAUUGCAGAAUCAACAAACGCCGGGACGUCCAAUAAAGACCCCGAGGAGAAGGGAAGUCGACAAACAAGCUCACUUCGGAUUAUCUGAAGAACAAGCUGCAAAGCCUGUAUUCAACCUGACUGAUGCGUCUUGAUUAUCUAAACAAAUCUGCAGGACAUGAAAAAUGUAUUAGCUUACAGGCAAAUAAUAAUGAUAAUAAUGCUAACUAUAUUAAUAAUAAUAAUAAUAAUAAUAAUUUCUUAUCAAGAAGGGAGACAUACAAAGACAGCUGGAAACUUAAAACUGAUGAAAACUCAGAUAUUUGAUCAUCCGCAAAUUCAUCAGGGAACAACUCACGAACCCGUUGCAAAUGGCACUGAAAUCAAAUGAAAUCGCAGUGGGAAUGUACAGCAAAAUAUGAAAUGUGUAUUCCUUUGAACCAAGAAAUUUGCACUCCUUUGAAAGCAACAGCCCUGCCACAAUCACUUGAGCUAGGGAAAAAAAAAACUUUCCCAAAACUGAUGGUCUCUCAAAGAUUACCCUAUCAGGUGCAAACCGCUGACAAGUUUCCACCCACCACCAACAAAAAAACCUCACUGUGCCCAAAUCCUUAGCAGCAGAUAGUUCACUGGCAGGCGUUACACCAUCAUCGGUGCUACAAGGAUCCGUCGCAGCUUUGAAUAAGGUUUUAUACCAACACCGUUUGGAUACGAGUCAAGUUUCAACCCAAGACGAGGCAUUAAUCGCUGCGUGUCUUUUUUGACAGGUUUGGUCGGUCUAUACAACUGUUCUUUGAGCCUAUUUACUGUGAACUCCGAUGAUUUUAAGAUGAUAUAUGCAAGGUGUACAUUUAGAUGUCCCCUGCAGCAACGGGCAGAAUUGAGCUUCCUCUGAUCUUUGGAGCAGCACUCUUGGGAGGACAGAGGAGCGCUCAGUGGAACAAGGGGCAAAUUGAAUCUUUCCGCGCGGCGCAAGUCAACGCCGCAUACACCCUACGGAAGACCGCGGAUUGAGGAGGUUUGGGGAGGCGGAAACUAAUUCGUAGACUACAUUUAUUCCACUGGAUGGAUCUUUUUGAACAAGGAAGCACCUAAUGUUGCUUACAGAGGCGCAGUUUUACUUUAUCUAUUUAUCAUCACUCUGGGAUUCCAAAGCUCCUCCAGGAUUCUUUGUAUAAGAACACUGGCGGGGCUUUCUUCAGCGUUUCUCGGGUCUUCAAACUGUGGAAACAGGUGUAUUCGACCAAGUCAAGAUGUCUUUGCUACCUUCAAGGUUCAUCUACGUGUGUUUACACUUUCUGGUCCUCUACUUCCAGCUGCAGGAGUCUCAGCAGACGGCGCCGGACUUCCGGUUCAUCAUUGAGAACCACACGAAACACCCGGACGAGCUGAGCCGCAAGCAGACGCGCAGCUAUCAGCUCUACAGUCGCACCACUGGCAAACACGUCCAGAUCCUGGGCAAGAAGAUCAAUGCCAACGGAGACGACGGGAGCAAGUACGCCCUUCUCGUCGUUGAGACGGAGACCUUUGGGAGCCGGAUUCGAAUACAGGGGAAGGAGAGUGGUUACUACAUCUGCAUGAACAAGAACGGCAAAAUUAUCGGAAAGCUUAACGGGUUGAACCAGGAGUGUGUCUUCGUGGAGGAGUUUCUGGAGAACAACUACACGGCUCUGGUCUCGGCCAAGUAUAAAGGCUGGUACCUGGGCUUCAACAGGAAGGGUCGCCCCAAGAAGGGCUCGCGGACCACGCAGACGCAACAGGAAGUACAUUUCAUGAAACGCCCCCGCCAGGGCAAAGUGGACCCUCUAGAGGAGUUCCGUUUCACCCCGGUAACCAAACGGACGCGAAGGGCGAGGCGCUUAAAAUUCAACCCCAAGACAAACUGACACCAGUGAUAGUCACGCACGCACUGUUUCCAAGGAAAUCUCUCUUGCCUUAAACAACUUAAAGACUAUUGUUAUAAAAAAAAAGAUGGAUAUGGGAAAAAUGAUUUAAAAAAAUCAAAGAUGUUUUAUUUUUAUAUUUCAGGAGCAUUGAAUAUCUCCCAACAGUUGAAUGUUUCUGGGUUGUUGUAAUUGUUAUAAUAUGACUGCAUUGUUAUUUAUACUGGGUAAACUAAGGAGGACAACAAAACUCACUAUCCCGUGCUUCCACAAGUUUACAGCAGAAGGCAUCUUUUGAAACUUUGGGAUGGACAAGAGUGGCAAGCACGAAUACAUGUGGUUCGGAAAUCACACACACACACACACACACACACCACAAAAAACUGUUUGUUUAAUUUCUGUUGGGUCAACAAGGAUCCAAUAUUUUCCACUGGAAACUGGACACUACAGAGAUGGAAUUCAAGACCGAUCACAGAAGCAUGUGAGCCCCUCUCCUUAGGUAAAGGCAUAGCUCUGAGUGCAAUAUUUUGAAGGCCCCCCCAUCCUUCCACAUCUCCACCUUCAACCCCCCCCCCCCCCACACACACACACUUGGACGGCCUCCUGGUCUCUUCUCUCCCCUCGCUCCCUCCCUCUCCGUGGGUAUGUUCUACUGAGCAGGCUCUUCUUCGUGCAGACCCACAGUACAUUCAGGAUGGAAUGCGCUGAAUGUUCUGGGGACACUUUGAUUUAUCUCUCUGUUUGGUACAACCUCUGAUUCGUCUGAGCGCAACAUGCAUUGGCCAGCCUGUUGUCAGUGGUGACUUUCGACACACACACACAAAAGGGAUGGCUGGAGUUGAAAUGACUGAAGAACUUAACGUGUAGAUUUAUCCUAACUUUGAACUGGCAGGUCUGGAUGUGGUGGUCACACAAGGAAAGAGCUUAGUGUAUCCCCCUUUCGUAACAUCACAAACGGAUGUCAGUGCACUAUGCAACCGAACCGUCGUCCUGCUCCCGCCAAAUUAUCAACAUUUUAACUUAAUCACCUCCGUUUGGAGAAAACCCCUGACAACUACCCAUUUUAAGCUGGCGGUCGACAUCCUUCUAAAUGUCUUUCCUAGUGUCUAAAGUAAGUGAGGCCUUUCAGGCUAGUCGGGUCAUUUGUCUGGCCACCUAUGCCCUGUAGAUCAGUCUCUCUGAAAGAUGCUAGAGACAUUCCCUAGCCCUCUAAGCCGGUAGGACUGACACGCUAAUCUACUGAGUUUUCAAUCAGUGGUUUAAAAGGAACCAGAGCUGUGUGGGCUCGAGACUUCCAUCACUUAUAGUGAGGGUUUAUCCCCUCUGACAGGGAGAGCUGUAGUCUGUAUAUUCGUCACCUGUCCCUUGGGCAGGAUUUGUACAAGAUGCUACUAACAACAUGACACAUUUAUGAAUUUUAAAAAAUGUAUGCAAAAAAAUAAUUUUAUGACUAUUAUAAAAUAUUUAUUGCCUUUCUCUGUAAAUACAACUUGAUGAAUUUAUUUGACCUCUGUUAAUAAAAAAUGAACUAUAUUUAAAACAUGUGAUGUGUCGGCCUAAG